CCUAACUACGCUUCUUGCCAGAUCAAAACCCUAAUUAAACAUCAUGACAGCAUUUCCCGUAGGCUACCGUCUCGCUCAGGCCAUUGGCUUCAGCGGAGCAGCUUGGCUAUCAGGUAACAUCGCAGCACUCAGUCUGAUCGCUGUGCCCGCCGUGGUAGAAACCCAGAAGGAAACCCCGAUACCCAGCAGUGUUGUCGUCAAGCUGUGGCGAGGGUUCUACGAGAAGGGCAAGACGCAGAACCCUCCAAUCGCCGCCGCUACCGCAUCGGCGUUCCUGUACCUCGCCUGGUCCGUCCGUGCCGGUGGACCCCUGUUCCGUUCCGCCGCCUACAACCGCGCCGGAUUAUACACUGCGGCAGCCGUCUUGACCCUCGGCAUCGUGCCGUAUACUAUCCUCACCAUGAGACCGACCAACAAUGCCCUUCUCGCCCUGGCGCAAUCUCCAAAGGAUCUGACCGCAGCAGACGAGACGCGAAGCCAAGAUUUGCUCAAGAAAUGGACCUCAUUGAAUAGCUUACGUGGCUUGUUGCCUCUUGCAGGGGCGACGUUGGGCAUGCUUGCGGCGUGGAUUUAGAGGCGGGGUAACGUGUUGGAGUUUUCACCUUGGGUUUGGUUUUUACAAGGACAAUUGUAUAGUAGUUGGAGAAGAGCACAGGUUAAAUGUUCUAUGCUGCAACCGUGAUUCAGAUAACCGGUGAGCUACUGGAUGGUAGGCAGCCAUUGAGAUCCU